AAAAACAACAAACAACUCGGUACUCCGUGCGGGGCUGGCAUUUUGUUACACCGUUCCUAACGACGCUCCGUCGUUAAAAUAAAACAUUCCUACUCUACCGCUCCGUCCGUGGUUUGGCACCCGGAGCCUGGAAAAUCCGCACGGAUAUGAUCCCCGGCUCUGCUCCCCGGCGAGAGGCUCCGCCCACUUGGCCUGGGCCCCGCCCACGCCGGCGCGUCCUGGCCAAUCGCAGCGCCCGGUCGGCCGAGGCCCCGCCCGCCGGCCGCCCGCCCAGCCAAUGGGAGGCGGGCUGGGCGCGGAGGUUGCCGCGGUGACGGGGCGCGGGGCGCGCUGUGCCCGCGGGAGGGACGGGCGGACCCGCAUCCCACGGGAGCGAUGGAGCCGGGCCUGGCGCGUGUGGAUUACCUGCAGGUGGGCUCGGGAUCUUCCCGGCAGCGGGCAGGGCUCCGGGCGAGCGCGGGUGGCCUGGGCGGGGAGAGGGAGCCGUGCGGCGGGGCCUGCGAGGUGCCCGGUGCCGGGUCCCGGCGGCGGCCGUGCCCGCUCAGGAGCGUCUCUUCCACAGGUGGGAGUCACGGCCCAGAAGACCAUGAGGCUCCUGCCCGCCUCGGGGAAAAAGGCCACGCAGAAGGUGGUUGUUGGAGAUCAGGAUGGGGUCAUUACAUGCUUUGGCAUAAAAAAAGGAGAAGCUGUGCCAGUGUUCAAGACACUACCAGGCCAAAAAAUUGCAAGAUUGGAGCUGGGAGGAGCUCUUAACACACCACAGGAGAAAAUUUUUGUGGCUAUAGGACCUGAAGUUAGAGGUUUCACAAAAAGAGGGAAGCAGUUUCUUUCCUUUGAAACUAACCUUACUGAAAGCAUCAAAGCUAUGCAUAUUUCAGGAGCAGAUCUCUUCCUCUGUGCAAGCUACAUCUAUAACCAUUACUGUGACUGCAAGGACCAGCACUACUUCCUCUCAGGAGAUAAGAUCAAUGAUGUUCUCUGCCUUCCUGUGGACAAAGUGAAGUGCAUUACGCCCGUGCUUGCAUGUCAGGAUAGACUCCUCAGGGUUUUACAGGGAUCUGAUUUACUGUAUGAAAUAGAAGUUCCUGGACCACCUACUGUUCUUGCUCUGAGCAAUGGAAAUGGGGGUGAUUCUGGGGAAGAAAUUGUGUAUGGAACUUCUGAUGGUAAACUGGGUGUUACCCAGAUCACUGGUACCAAGCCUGUACACAAGUGGGAAAUUGGAAAUGAAAAAAAGAGAGGAGGUAUCUUAUGUCUUGACAGCUUUGACAUUCUGGGAGAUGGAGUUAAGGAAUUACUUGUUGGGCGAGAUGAUGGAAUGAUAGAAAUCUAUGCCUUUGAGAGCGCGGAUGAGCCUGUCCUUCGACAUGAUUAUGCUUUAUCGGAGAGCAUUGCCUCAAUCCAGGGUGGCUGUGUAGGAAAAGAUGGCUAUGAUGAAAUUUUAGCAGCCACAUACUCAGGCUGGCUGACAGGACUGACUACAGAACCUGUCCAUAGAGAAGGUGGAUCAGGUGAAGAACUAAAAUUAAGCCAAGAAAUGCAGAACAAGAUUUCAUCCUUAAGGAAUGAACUGGAACACUUACAGAUGAAGGUGCUUCAGGAAAGGGAGAAAUACCAGCAGUCCUCUCAGUCCAGCACUGCUGUUUCCUCAGUACCUGCCUUCAGUGUGAAUGAGAAGUUCACAUUAAACAAGGACGAUGCCAGCUACAGCCUCAUCUUGGAGGUGCAGACAGCCAUAGAUAAUGUCCUGGUGCAGAGUGAUGUCCCAAUAGACUUGCUGGAUGUGGAUAAAAAUUCUGCCGUUGUUAGUUUUAGCAGCUGUGAUUCUGAGCCAAAUAGCAACUUUCUUCUUGCAACUUACCGAUGCCAAGCAAACACCACAAGACUUGAACUUAAGGUUCGCUCCAUUGAAGGUCAGUACGGGACACUUCAAGCGUACGUAACGCCAAGAAUUCAACCAAAAACCUGUCAGGUUCAUCAAUAUCAAAUUAAACCACUCUCCCUUCAUCAGAGAACUCAUUCUAUCGACCAUGACAGACCCAUGAACACCCUGAUGCUCAAAGGCCAGUUCAGCUUUGCUGAAAUUCACUCCUGGGUUGUGUUUUGCUUGCCUGAGGUGCCUGAGAAGACUCCUGCUGGAGAGAGUAUCACCUUUUAUUUUCAGAACACCUUCCUGGGAACGCAGCUUGAAAGUACUUACAGAAAAGGUGAGGGAUAUUUUAAGUCUGACAACAUUUCUACAAUAUCCAUCCUCAAAGAUGUGCUUUCCAAAGAAGCCACUAAAAGAAAGAUUAAUCUCAACAUAUCAUAUGAUGUCAGUGAAGAAUCUGUGAGGCACACUCUAAAGCUCAUCCACCCUAAAUUAGAGUAUCAGCAGCUGCUGGCCAAGAAGGUUCACUUAAUAGAUGCUUUGAGAGAAUUACAGGUUCAUGAAGGGAAUGUGGACUUCCUGCUCCCGAAAUACCGCACCAUUUUGGAAGAGGCAGAUCAGCUGCUCGAGGAAUACAAGAGACAACCUGCACAUCUGGAGAGACUUUAUGGUAUGAUCACAGAUCUCUUCAUAGAUAAAUUUAAAUUUAAAGGCACCAAUGUGAAAACUAAAGUUCCUCUCCUCCUGGAAAUUCUGGAUGGCUGUGAUCAAGAUGGAUUAAUUGCUUUUUUUGAUGCUGCAGCCUGACAAGGAAAAAGCAGAGUAAUUUUUCUGGUUUUAAUCAAGGCAUUUCAAUAUUAAGUCCAAAACACUUUUUAAGAAAAGCGCUUUUACUCUUUUGUUGUACUGUCAGCUCUUAGCUUUUAUUCAUAUUUAUUACAUUUUGGAUACAGUAGUAAAUUUCAUAUAAACUGUUGUGUAUGUUAAAUGCUCGCAGAGGUUCCAUGUACAGUGUUAAUAGCUGAAGAAAACUUAGAAUCGGAUGUAAAUACCAAAUACCCUUUUGGCAAAAAUGUUUUCACUACUGUUAAAGACAACAUGGAGUAGUCUCUGUUCCAGCUGCAAGAAUGGAUGAAGAAACUGGUUUCCAGAGACUUGAAUGGAAGAAAUUUGUGUGUGUAAGCUAUACCCAAGAUAGGUAGUAUUUGCCUGCUGCCCUGAGAAUCUCAGAUCUCACCAGAUCUGAUGUAGCUGAGGUAGAGGGGGGAGAACUCUGAAUUUUAGACUGAAGACAGCUCCAUUUAAAGCCACACAUUAAGUCUUGUUUAAUGAUGGAUGGCAUUAAACUUUCUCUAUGCUUCUCCAGCA